CCUGCGCAAAGCGCGCGGCGAGGUGGGGGAGGGCGGUCCGUGUGUGUCUGUGUUGUUGUUCGGCGGCAGCGGCGGCGGCGGUAAGAUGGCUGCCCACGGGGGCUCCGCUGCGUCCUCGGCGCUGAAGGGGUUAAUUCAGCAGUUCACCGCCAUCACCGGUGCAAGUGAAAGUGUAGGGAAACAUAUGCUUGAAGCCUGCAACAAUAAUCUGGAGAUGGCAGUCACUAUGUUUUUGGAUGGUGGAGGAAUCGCUGAAGAGCCGAGUACCAGUUCAGCAAGUGUCUCCACUGUCAGACCACACACAGAAGAAGAAGUUCGUGCCCCGAUUCCUCAAAAGCAGGAAAUAUUGGUGGAACCAGAACCUUUGUUUGGUGCUCCUAAAAGACGACGGCCUGCACGUUCAAUAUUUGAUGGUUUCCGGGAUUUUCAAACUGAAACUAUUCGGCAAGAGCAAGAAUUGCGAAAUGGAGGAGCAAUAGAUAAGAAACUAACUACCCUUGCAGAUCUAUUCCGGCCACCCAUUGAUUUGAUGCAUAAAGGCAGCUUUGAAACAGCCAAAGAGUGUGGCCAAAUGCAGAAUAAGUGGCUGAUGAUAAACAUUCAAAAUGUACAAGACUUUGCAUGCCAGUGCCUCAACCGUGAUGUAUGGAGCAAUGAAGCUGUGAAGAAUAUUAUCCGGGAACAUUUCAUUUUCUGGCAGGUUUAUCAUGACAGUGAGGAAGGUCAGAGAUACAUACAGUUUUAUAAGCUAGGGGAUUUCCCCUAUGUUUCCAUCUUGGAUCCACGGACAGGUCAGAAGCUAGUAGAGUGGCACCAGUUAGAUGUAUCUUCUUUCUUGGACCAAGUGACAGGAUUUCUGGGUGAACAUGGGCAACUGGAUGGACUUUCUAGCAGUCCCCCCAAAAAAUGUGCCCGUUCAGAGAGCCUUAUAGAUGCAAGUGAAGAUAGCCAGCUAGAAGCUGCCAUCAGAGCCUCCUUGCAAGAGACACAUUUUGAUUCAACACAGACAAAGCAGGAUAGCCGCUCAGAUGAAGAAUCUGAAUCUGAACUUUUUUCUGGCAGUGAGGAGUUCAUAUCUGUUUGUGGCUCUGAUGAAGAAGAGGAGGUAGAGAAUCUUGCCAAGUCCAGAAAGUCUCCCCACAAAGAUUUGGGGCAUAGAAAAGAGGAAAACAGAAGGCCACUAACUGAACCUGCAGCCAGAACUGAGCCUGGCACAGCCACAAACCAUCAAGGAUUGGUAGCUGUGGAUUCAGAAAUAUUGGAGAUGUCACCUGAAAAAUCAGAUGGAAUAGUGGAGGGCAUAGAUGUAAAUGGACCAAAAGCACAGCUGAUGUUGCGGUAUCCAGAUGGAAAAAGGGAACAGAUCACUCUUCCAGAGCAAGCUAAACUGCUAGCUUUGGUGAAACAUGUCCAGUCUAAAGGAUAUCCAAAUGAACGUUUUGAACUUCUCACCAACUUCCCCCGAAGGAAACUCUCUCAUCUGGACUAUGACAUUACAUUACAAGAGGCAGGCCUUUGUCCUCAAGAGACUGUCUUUGUACAGGAAAGAAAUUAACAUCAUGGCCUGACCUCUCUCAGCUUACCCUUUUUUUCCCUUUUCCUGUGAGAUACCAUGUCACUGAGUAUGCAUUUUGGCUCAUAGGACCAUAGAGCCAAAGUUGGGCAAGCGAGUCACCUGCCUUCUCUUAUUUCUUGCUCUCUUCUCCUCCCCUCCUUUUUUUCUCUCCUCUUCUGUUUUCUUCUUUUUCCUACUUUUCUUUCUUUCUUUCUUACCCAAUCUGGUGACCAAAUGGAAGUGUAAGGAUAAGACCUCCUAGUACUGGCAGCAGGAAAUGUGUGUUCCAAUAAGUGGUCUCUUGCACAGCACUUUUUCGGGAUCAAAUAAUGUUACUCCUCCGACUCCUUUGGUAAAGGAAUGGCUAGAUUCAGAAUAUGAACAACCUCCCUUUUUUGUAAGCCCCAUUUUUAGUAGGGAGAAGAAAUUCUCUAACACAUGUUUUGUUUUGUUGUUCAUGUAGGAAAUAUCACAACAAAAUAUCCAGGCUUUUGUUUAUAUGGAAAAAGCAUCCCUUAUAAUUAUUGCUCAUCAUACUUAAAAUUUUUUUUCAAAAGAUUCUUCCCAGCUAGAGUUAUUUCCAUGAUAUGUGUUAUUGGCAGAAUAAGUGUUAAAUGUAGAGUGAGUAGCAUGGGGUGGCUUUCAAUAUCCUAGCCUGAGACGACUUUCUUCGUUAUUACUCUGUAAACUGUAUUGAUCCUGCUAGUCCCAGAAUGGACAUUUAGUGAGUAUAUUGUGUGACCGGAAUAGGAAAAGGUGCUUGGUGUUUUUGCCAGUACAGCAUAUUAGUUCCUUUGGCCCUUCCAUUAUUUGGGUCCACAAGUGAUCUAUAGGAAGGCAGCUGUUCAAUAAUCAUGCAGUACAAUGGCUUGUAGUUGUAACCGCUGUGGUUAUUGAUUGUCCUAUGUGCUUGAAGGCAUACUUAUGUAUGUCCUGGGGGAAAAAGAAAAAGAUGCAGCUGAGAGUUGCUCACCAUGUUCCUUUGGUUAGAAAUAAAUGAUUCAUUUUUUUACCCCUGAUUGGAACAGUCUCUGAAAGGCUCUGGUGAUUGAAUGAGCUUAAUUCCUCAUGCUGUUUUCUUGCAAAAGGUAUCAAAACUGAAAGCCUCUCUAAGGGGAAGACCUUUAAAUUCAAUUCAUAAGACAACAUUUAGUAAGGGAGCUAGGGAAGAUUACCAGUAAUCUUCAGAUGUUGUGGGUAUUUUCUGCCAACAAAAGCCACAUUCAAAUUGUAGUUGGUGAAAGCUUUUUUCAGUAUUAUUUAGAAGCAGCCAUCUUGAAUCUGUGGAAUACAAUUUGACUUAGCAGCUUCACGAUAUCCUCAGUUCUUCUUUUGAGCUUUAAAUAGAGUCCUCUGAAGGGGUAAUAGUGAUUCUGGUGGCAAAAUCAGAACUUUAACUUGUUAUAAAACCAUAAUAUAGAAUGGACCUAUUUUGUCAAUUGGGGAUUUUGAUUGAUUGAUUCUUCUACUUGAGGAACAUAAAUUGCUAUUGCACAGAGACCUUUCAAUUCCCAUCUACUUUAAGAUCACUCUCUUGGCAAUUAGGGGAUUAAAGAAAAAAGAUGCUUAUGCGUUGCUAGUACACAAUUAGAGAAUAUUUCUAACGGUUGGAUUUUGAGGAACCCUUCCUAAAGAAUGAGUUAUGUAUCUCCUCAAGGAAAUCAUGGAAAAAUCUGUUUCUUCUUCAGUGAGUCCUUUUGAAUUAAUGUUCUUACAUUUUAAGUCUGUGUAAGUGCUUAUGUAUAAGUAUAUAAUUGUAUAAAUAUUUAUAAAUAUAUUUAUAUAAUUACAAUUUCAUUUAUACCUUGAGUCAAAGUUCUCUCUUUAGAUUGGUGACUGAGUAAUACCACUUUGGUGUUUUUUCAUAGGUUCUCAAGGCUAUCUAGCAGCUUCAGAUUUACUGAGGAAACAUGGUUUUCAUGUUAAUUCCUCAUUUGUAUCUCCGAACUUGGAUAAUAUACUUGCUAUCUGAGGAAUAGAGCUAUAUACUAUUAAAGGUGCAUUAGAGGGUAAAAAAAUUGUUGGUAGUAGACGAGGUCAGAAAUCUAAAAAUUCAGGGAGGCACAGGGUAAGAAGUAAGCGUAUGCCCAGCUUUGGUGCUAUGAUGGCACCCAUCUCUAUUCUCAGCAAAGUCACAGCUAAAGCCCAAAUCUGUCAAAAAUGUGAAGUCAAGAAUUUUCCCUAUAGGACUCUGUUUCAUUCUUUUACCUACUAGCUUCUCUUUAUAAAACAUCUAGAGAACCUGAGACAACAUGUUUAUUAAUGAUAGGAUGUAGUUCUUUUAGAUAAGCUCAGCCCUGGCAUAUCCAUUUAUGAGAAACCAAAGUGAUUACUGUGAGAUGACCAAGUAUUAUAUAUAAAGUGAUUUAAGUAAGCAUAUCAAUAAGAGUUAGGGCAUGAGAUAGUGAUCCAACUGAGAUACAGCUGAGGUGUUUAGAGUACGAGAUGGAGAGGAUUUUAUUUUUUUUCAAGGCAGGAGUAUAAUCUUCCUGGGCUUGAUAUAGAAGCUUAUGGGGGAGGGGUAAUGGAUUGUUCUACUUGGGAAGAGUAAAUAAGGAGUAUUGCUUUGCUCAAGAACUUAAUCCAUUUAGGGAGUGUGCUUCCUCCUGUUUGUUUUAUUUCCUCUGCAAAUUCUUUUGCUCUUUGGAGGAGAGGUUUUAUUGAAUAGAUUAAAUGAAUUCAGUAAGAUUUGUUAAAAAUAGUCAUUCCUUAAAGGUAUUGAAAACAGCUUGAAAGAGAUUUUAAAAGGUAGGGAGGAAAAGAACAAGAUCGACUUUGAGAGUAAGUGACGAGACAAAUACAGGGAGUUGAAGUGAAAAUUAGUGGGGAAAAAGGGACAGGAAGCCUUGAAUUUGACUUAGGAAGGAACCAGAGAAGAGAAAGAACAGCCAAAUGAGGGAAGAACAGGGAACUCAUUUUGAGUAACUAGCAUGUGCUAGGUACUUUAUGUGUAUUUUCUCCUUUAAUCUUCCUAAGAACUCUACAAAAUGCAUAUUUCCCCCCAUUUUAUAGAUGAGGAAGGAAAUUGAAGUUCAGAGAACUUGUUCAGGGUGUCACAGCUAGUAAGUGGCAAAAUCAAAUUGGCAUCCAGAGUCCCUGCUCUCUUCACUCCCAUGUUGUAGUCUUCUAUGACAGUUUGCCCAAAAGGGUAUCUUUCUGUUGUUUGGCUCUGUAAAUUAUCAUUUGGUUGUGUUUCCUUAAAGUUUGUGGGAUUUGUGCUAUGCCUAUAAAUUCUUAUUUACACCAUUAUUUUGAGGAGCUGAUUAUAAACUGCUUUUGUAAAAUGAUGCACUGAUGAAAAUGUGAAAGGAAAGUAACUAUGUGGCAUUAUUUGCCAAGAAUAAAUGAAAGGAUAA